AUGGAUAAUGCCGCGGAGUCCCUGACAAACAUGCGGAUAAUGAAAGUUCCCGGUUUAUCCAAACGCAAUAUACAAAUGAUUAAUCCGAAGACCGGAGGCCGCAGAGGACAGGCGGAGCAGGACUUCCAGAGCUGUUCUGCAACCACUUUCUCAGCCACAGUCCGCCUUCCGGCCUCGGGCCUCCGGGCGGUCGCCGCUGGCACUCGGGUCCGCCCCGCGGGGGCCACACACCCAGCCCCGCGUCCCCGCCAGGCGGCACCUCCCGGCCCAGGUCCCUCCCUGCCUCGUUCCGCGCCCAGUCCCUGCCCCCGCGGCGCCUGCGGGCCGGGGAGCGUGGCUUGGGGACCCGGGGUGAGGGGCGAGCCCGCGGAGGACCGCGGGGCCCCUUUCCCAGCACGCACUCCGCAGUCCAGGAACGGAAAGCACGCUCCCUGGAACUGGCGCUGCGGACGAAGACGGUACCGAGCACCCUCGUGGGCCGGCGGAGCGCUGCCUCGCCGCAGCCGAGCCCGGCCUCCGCCCGCUCUCUGGGGACGCGAGCUGCGACCUGCGCCGCCGGCGGCCGCGCCUCCGCCCGCACUAGUCGCGCCGGGAAAGCGCAGCGGCGCGGCCCCGGGCUGCUCAAACGCCCUCCUCCCGGCCCCCGGGAAGCUCAGCCGCUCCGCACGGUGCCCGCGCUUCCUAGCGGUGGGGAACGCGCGCUCUCCCGCCUCCCCACACUCGCAUCCGGACAGGUUCUUCGAUCUGUACCCGGAGUGGGUUCCGGCAGUGAGUGUAUGCUUGCCUGAUUUCACACCAUGAAUAGAAUAGGGCUGGAUACCUCGGGCCCAACUAAGUAAUACUUUCGACCGAUCUCGGUUUCUCCAAGAAUAGAGAAGUUUG